UGGCAAUCCUAGGUGUCACUACUAUCAUGAGAUUCCUGAGGAAGAGAUAUUAUAAUUUAUGAUUUUUCCGCGUGUAAAGUGUGAUAAAGUACAACGUUUGACAUUGACAUCGUGACGGAAUUUUACGUUUUUGUACAAAUCAAUUGCUAUCGUAAUCGUCCAGCUGCCAACGUUAGACCAUUUCUUUACAAAUGGCGGAUAAGGCUAUGAUGAAGCAAAUUGCGGAGCAAAAGCUUAAGGCCUUUUCCAUUGGUACAAUGGGUAAAAGGCCAUUAAGUAAAAAAGAAUUGGAAGAGCAACGUAAGAAGGAGCAGGAACAAGCUGCAGCUCAGGCAUUUGAAGAAUUUGUAGCGACAUUUCAAGAAACACCCAGUAAAACAACUAAUAAGAUUUGGGUAAAGGCAGGAACAUACGAUGCAGGAAAAAGACAGGAGGAUACAAGAGAAAAAGGAAAGCUUUAUAAACCACAGUCAAAAAUCUCAGAACUUGUUGAUAAUAGAUCAUCGGCUGAACAAGCUCAAGAAUAUGCAAGGUUACUUGGAACAAACGAACGAAAGCUAGAUAGGCUAGGCAAGAAAAAGAAAGAAGGUGAAAAAAAGAAGAGCAAUCUUGAAUUAUUCAAAGAGGAGUUAAAGAUGAUUCAAGAGGAACGUGAAGAGAGGCACAAGUAUAAGGGUGUGGUGAAAACUGUAAUAUCUACACAAUCUGAAGAUCCAAUGAUGGCUGCUUUAAAAUGUGUAGAAGUAGGUAGUAGAUCCUCAUUUCCGGAUCCGCGAAAGGCUAAUCUGCAUAACUUCAUUGAUGAUCCCCGUCUCUUAGCCCUGAUAUAUGAGGAUGGUUCAUUUGACAAUGGUGAUCCAAAUACCACGAACUUAUAUUUAGGAAAUUUAAAUCCAAAGAUCACUGAACAGCAAUUAAUGGAAAUAUUCGGCAAAUAUGGUCCUUUAGCUAGUAUAAAAAUAAUGUGGCCACGUAGUGAUGAAGAAAAAGCCAGACAAAGAAAUUGUGGUUUUGUUGCAUUCAUGAGUCGUAAAGAUGGAGAGAGAGCAUUGAAAAAUCUUAAUGGUCGUGAUAUAAUGCAAUAUGAAAUGAAGUUAGGCUGGGGGAAAAGCGUACCAAUUCCGCCUUAUCCUAUCUAUAUUCCACCUGCUUUAAUGGAAAUCACGCAGCCACCACCUCCAUCUGGUCUUCCAUUUAAUGCUCAGCCACACCGACGCGACAGACAUAAGAUACCACGUAUCCGCAACCUCCAGAGCGCAGACCCGCAAGAAAAGGAAAACUUUGAAAAGGUUUUGCAGAAUGCUGUUGUCAAAGUCGUUAUACCAACAGAAAGGAAUUUAGUCAUGUUAAUACAUAGAAUGGUGGAAUUUGUAAUUCGAGAAGGACCAAUGUUUGAAGCAAUGAUUAUGAACAGAGAAUUGAAUAAUCCAAUGUUCAGAUUUCUAUUUGAAAAUUAUUCUCCUGCACACACUUAUUACCGCUGGAAACUAUACUCCAUUCUACAAGGAGAUGUGCAAAAAGAAUGGCACACAGAAGAUUUUAGAAUGUUUAAAGGUGGAAGUGUAUGGAGACCACCACCGAUUAAUCCUUGGACGCAGGGUAUGCCAGAUGAAUUGAUAGAAAUGGAAGAAAGGCAAGAACCCAGAAGAGGUAGUCUCUCGAACAGUCAGCGAGAUCGCUUAGAAGAUUUAUUGCGAAACAUAUCACCUGAAAGAAUAAAAGUUGCAGAAGCAAUGGUGUUUUGUAUAGAACAUGCAGAAGCAGCAGAGGAGAUUUGUGAUUGUAUUUCAGAAUCAUUAUCAAUACUACAAACUCCUGUAAAUAAAAAAAUUGCAAGAUUGUAUUUGAUAUCUGACAUAUUACAUAACUGCGGAGUCAAAGUGACCAAUGCCACUAUUUAUAGGAAGGCAUUUGAGACGCGUCUUUUGGAUAUUUUUAACGAAGUUCAUCAAGCAUACAAACAGUUUGACAGUAGAUUAAAGACAGAAGGAUUCAAAGUCCGCGUUAUGCGAAUGUUCAGAGCAUGGGAAGAUUGGGCAGUGUAUCCACGAGAUUUUCUGGUUAAGUUACAGAAUACUUUCCUGGGACUUGUUUUGAUGGACGAACCUGAACCUGAGAACGAUGAAGACAUUGAUGGUGCACCAUUGUCUGAUGUUGAUGGCGAUGGUACUGAAGAUUUGGACGGAGUACCGCUUGAUGGUGCAGCCUUAUUAAAAGGUGCCAUGAAACAUGGUCUCACAUCUCAGACUUCAAAUUACGACGAUAUUGACGGAGUGCCCAUGGAUGAAGAUAUCGAUGGUGUCCCAAUGGAUGAUGACGAUAGCGCAAACACACGAAAUAAGGAUGACGAAAAAAAAUCGGCAAUGCCAGCUGGAUUUGUUCCUUCACGAUGGGAAACCGUUGAUCCUGAUCAGGUCGAGGCACAGGCAAUGACUACCAGUAAAUGGGAAGAAUUAGGUCAAAACGAAGAUUCUAAUUCUCAAGAUACUAGUAUGGAUUCCAGUGGGAGAGAUUAUAAUGAAGAAAGGCGAAACAGAUUACGUGAGAUUGAGGUAAAAAUCAUGCAGUAUCAAGAUGAAUUAGAAAGUGGUAGAAGGACUUUAAAGUCUGGUAUGACGAUACAGGCACAAGUAGAGCAUUAUAGGAAGAAACUUAUAAGAAAGAGUGAAAGGGAAUUGAAGGACGUAAAAAGUGAAGAACGAGAUGAUGAAAAACGAAGAGAGAAGAAACGAAGCCGAAGUACGACACCGGAAUCUCCUAGUCACAGUUACAGAGAUCGAAGGCGGUCGUCAAGCCCGUCGGCAAAAGUUACAAGAUAUAGAUCACGCAGUAGAUCGCCGCGCUGCAAACGCAGAUCAAGAUCUCCGUAUAAAAAACGCGUACCAGUUACCCCGUCCCCUCCUCGUAUUCGACGUACGCCAUCGCCUUCCUUUUCUUCAGGCAGAGGAUCACGCAGAUCGCCCGCUAAUGAGCGGUGUGAUAGGAAAAGACGUAGAUCACCAUCUUUGUCACCCCCACCGCCUCCACGUACUUCCUCUAAACAUAGAGCUUGUAGUCCGCCUUCCCCUUCUCCACGUAAACACAGACAUAAGCAUAAAUAUUGAACCAUGAUACGCCGUUGCACGAAUUACCUUUUCCGCAGGAUGCUAUUUUUUAAACAUUUUUUAGAUCUCACAUUUAUUAUUUUACGAUAUGUCACAUUCGUAGAUGUACGUUAAUGUGAGACUGAAAAUAUGAAGAUUAAGAUUUCGACGAUUCGAAUUCUUCUCGAUAUGACUAGUUCGCCUAUAUUUUCAGAAAAUGUAAGUUAAAUUUCUCAUUGCUUUAUUAUCUCUAAGUAAAAUUAUUUUUUCUAUAAAAUAUAUUUUGUGCUGAAUAACAAAAAACAGUUAAACAGUCAUAACAGCACGCAUUACAUGGAAUUGUAAGACAGCAUGAUAUAACGUAGGAAAUAUUUUAUUGAUUAUUGAAACUCACAUGCAUCGCAUGUGAUGGGAACGCAGGGCAGGUUUAUUAUUUUUUAAAUAUACACUUUGAAGACGAAGAGAGAAUGUAUAUAUUAAUUACAGA